AACUUGCUGAUUUAGUUUUCUUUAUUUUUCCAAGGCGUUGGAACGGUAGACUUGGCGAUUUUAUAUGUACUGUGUACAAUUGGCGCCUGUUACCACUUACUUCCUUUCUAUGGUAUUGUAAAAGUAAUAAUUAAGUAUUGAACAUUUUACAUAUUGAUAAUAAUCGACUGAGGUUCUGUAACACGUCGGGGCUAAGGUCAAAUUCGUAAUAUCCGUUGCGCACGUUCGUCGGUCAAAUAAACCGAAAACCUGUCCGGCGGCUAUUGCCAUUGGUAUGUAACCUUCGUUUCGUGAAAAGUGAAAUCCUUGAUUCUUGAUCUGUUUUACUUGAUAUAUCAAAAGAUCACCCAUUCACCUAUUGACCGUUCAAGUGUUCACACGCGAAGAUUAUUUAAAAGUUAUCAAAAAUGAGUGGCAAAUCAGACAUUGCCUUGAUCGGUUUGGCCGUAAUGGGUCAAAACCUGAUUUUGAACAUGAACGAUCACGGAUUUAUUGUAACUGCAUACAACCGCACUGUAGAAAAAGUCGAUGAGUUUUUGAGUAAAGGCGCCAAAGGCACUAAUAUUGUUGGCGCUCAUUCUUUGAAAGAAUUAGUGGAUUCCCUAAAAAAACCUCGACGCGUUAUGAUGCUUGUGAAAGCUGGAAGCGCUGUCGAUGAUUUUAUUGCUCAACUGGAACCUUUGUUAGAAGAAGGUGAUAUCAUAAUUGACGGAGGUAACUCUGAAUAUCAAGACACUCAAAGACGAACGAAAACUUUAGCUCAAAAAGGUUUAUUGUUUAUUGGUUCUGGAGUAUCUGGAGGAGAAGAAGGAGCUCGUUAUGGCCCAUCACUUAUGCCCGGAGGUAAUUUCAAAGCCUGGCCAAGCAUUAAAAACAUUUUCCAAAGUAUUGCUGCUAAAGCUGAUGGCGAACCUUGUUGCGAUUGGGUCGGUGAAGAUGGUGCUGGACAUUUUGUUAAGAUGGUACACAAUGGAAUUGAAUAUGGUGACAUGCAACUUAUUUGUGAAGCAUAUCACUUAAUGAAGUCUGCAUUAAAUAUGUCUCCUAAAGAAAUGAGCCUAGCGUUUGAAGAAUGGAACAAAGGAGAUUUAGAUUCAUUUUUAAUAGAAAUUACUAGAAAUAUACUACAGUAUAAAGAUGAAGAUGGAGAUUAUUUAGUUGAAAAGAUCCGGGACGCUGCAGGACAAAAAGGAACAGGAAAAUGGACUGCAAUUUCCGCUUUGGAUUAUGGUGUACCUGUUACGUUGAUCGGAGAAUCUGUAUUCGCUCGUUGUUUGUCAUCGUUAAUAGAUGAGAGAUUGCAAGCAAGUAAAGUUCUUCGAGGCCCAACAGAGACCUUUAGUGGAGAUAAAAAAGAGUUCCUUAAAAAUAUUGGACAGGCACUUUACGCAUCAAAAAUUGUAUCGUAUGCCCAAGGAUUUAUGUUAAUGCGGGAAGCAGCUAAAAUUCAUGGAUGGAAACUUAACUACGGAGGAAUCGCCCUCAUGUGGCGUGGAGGGUGUAUUAUUAGAAGUGCGUUUUUGGGAAAAAUUAAACAAGCUUUUGAAUCUGAUCCAAAUCUUAAAAACUUGUUGCUCGAUCCGUUUUUCAAAGAUGCUGUUCAUAAAUGUCAAGCUGCUUGGCGUAAAGUGGUUGCCAAUAGUGCUUUGUUGGGAAUUCCUACUCCAGCAUUUAGUACCGCUUUGGCGUUUUAUGACAGUUAUCGUAGCGAAAGACUUCCAGCCAAUUUAUUACAAGCACAACGUGAUUAUUUCGGAGCCCAUACUUACGAAUUGUUGACAGCUCCUGGAAAGUAUAUUCAUACAAAUUGGACAGGAACUGGUGGCGAUGUAUCAGCUAGCACGUACAAAGCAUAAGAAGUGAAAUUAAUUUUUAAGGGGACCAACACACACUAUUCUAAAUAAAUAACAUUCUAUAGAAUAUUAAAUACAAUUUUUAUUUUUUUGAUAUGUUAUUAAAUUACUGUUUAUAUUUUCUAAGUAGUUAUCUAUUCUAAAUUAUAUGACUUGAUUUAUAUCAAGUUAAAUUGUUGGUUUUUGAAAUUGUAGUUAUUGUUUUUCAUUUUUCAAGUAUGUUUAUUAUAUUAUUCUAUACAUAAUUGGUAUUUAUUUUAAGUAAUGUGAUCAAAAUACAUUUUUUUUCAUAA